CUGUGGUUAUUACUAUUAUUUUGAAUUUCUCAUAAGAAUGCUAAGGAAUUAAAUUUGACGUUUAAGUAGUUUUGGUUUUUUGUAGGGGACGCUUCCUAUUCUCUUACUGGUUCCUCGUUUGAAAAUUAUUUAAAACAAAACGAAAAUAAAAAUAACCCUGAACAAACCUAAAAAUGAAAGCAAUAAUAACAUCAGGUUCGAAUUCGACACAUCAAAAAACCUCUCAAUACCACUGUUCUCUUAAUUAAGGUCAGUAUUUCGCAAGUUAUUAAAAAAAAAAAGAAAUUAAAAAUAAAACUUUAGCUCCUUGUAUCUUGGAAACGAAGCAUUUCAGACAUAUAUUUAUUUGGAUAAUUAAUAUUUGAAUAUUGUAAGGAUUCACCUCCUGAAGUUUGUCAAAGUACUUUUGAAUCACCUUGCAUAAUGACGUCUUGCUAAAAAAUCAACCAAGCAAGUAACCUAAAAGAAGAAAUAUAUCGAUGUCCCUACCAUAGAAAUAAUUAUAUCAAAUCCAUAGAUAAGGGAUCCUACUUUUGCAUUUAUCUAUGGUCAAAUUUUCAGGUAAACAUUUUGCGUUUGGUACUUGAUAAUUUUUUUACAUUUUAUUUCUUCGUUUUAUAAAAAAUUGAAGUCUCAUUCAUAGGAUUAUUAUUUUCAUACUACUUGCUGUCGUAACUUUCAAUUAGCAAAAUGGAAUUAGCUGAACAGCCUACUGAAGAGAAAACCCAAUUUUCAUUAAGUGAAUCUAUUCUGUUACUUAAAAAUGAAGAAGGAAAUUAUGAAACAUGUAAGACUGAAACUGACGAUUUGGAAGUUGUUGAAGAAUUUAUUGAUGGAAAUCAAGUAUAUAACAGAGAUGCAUUUAUUGAUCAAAUUGAGAGUAAUGAUUUGAAUAACACAUACAAGCAAAGUGUUUCUUCUGACCCUAAAAUGGAGGAAAGCUUUCAAGAUGAAAAAAAUUAUCAGUUGAUUUCCAAAGAAGAGCUUGAUAUGAAAGAUCUGGAUUCUAAGCAAGAAACUAUUAGUAAUUUAACUUCCAAAAAAUAUUACAAACUCAAGAAACAUAUAGAUACUUACGAUUCAAAUUCGAAGAAACAUAAGUGUCAUAUAUGUGAGUAUGCUUCGAAUAACAAAUCUCAUUUAAAAGAACAUCUAGAUUCUGUUCAUUUCAAUUCAAAGUCACAUAAAUGCCAUUUAUGUGAUUAUGCUUUUAAUCUUAAAACUCAUCUACAAUCCCAUAUAGAUUCUAUUCAUCUGAAUAUAAAACAUUUGUGUAAUAUCUGUGAUUCUACUUUCAUUCAGAAAAGAUACCUCAGAUCUCAUAUGGAUUCUGUUCACUUCAAUUUGAAGCAGCAUAAAUGUGAUUUAUGUGAUUUUGCUUCUAAUCGUAAGGCUUACCUCAAUUCACAUAUACAAUCUGUUCAUAUGAAUUUGAAGCAACAUAAAUGCAAUUUAUGUGAUUAUGCUACAAAUCAGAAAUCUCUCAUUAAAUCACAUGUAGAUUCUGUUCAUUUGAAUGCAAAGCCUCAUAGGUGUCACUUAUGUGAUUUUGCUUCUAAUCGUAAGUCUAACCUCAAAUCACAUAUAGAUACGCUUCAUUUGAAUUUGAAACAGCAUAAAUGCAAUCUCUGCGAAUAUGCCACCAGUCAGAAAUCUAAUCUCAAAGGACAUAUAGAUUCUGUUCAUUUGAAUUCAAAGUCACAUAAAUGCCAUUUAUGUGAUUAUGCUUCUAACCAUAAAACUCAUCUAGAAACCCAUAUAGAUUCUGUUCAUCUGAACAUAAAGCACUUGUGUAAUUUCUGUGAAUCUACUUUCACUCAAAAAAUACACCUUAAAUCUCAUAUAGAUUCUGUUCACUUGAAUUUGAAGCGACAUAAAUGCAAUUUAUGUGAUUAUGGUACGAAUCAGAAAUCCCUUAUCAAAUUACAUAUAGAUUCUGUUCAUCUGAAUGCAAAGCUUCAUAAGUGUCACUUAUGUGAUUUUGCUUCUAAUCGUAAGGCUUACCUCAAUUCACAUAUACAAUCUGUUCAUAUGAAUUUGAAGCAACAUAAAUGCAAUUUAUGUGAUUAUGCUACAAAUAAGAAAUAUCUCAUUAAAUUACAUGUAGAUUCUGUUCAUUUGAAUGCAAAGCCUCAUAAGUGUCACUUAUGUGAUUUUGCUUCUAAUCGUAAGUCAAAUCUCAAAUCACAUAUAGAUACAAUUCAUUUGAAUGUAAAGCCUCAUAAGUGUCACUUAUGUGAUUUUGCUUUUAAUCGUAAGUCUAAUCUUAAAUCACAUUUAGAUUCUGUUCAUUAGAAUUUGAAACAACAUAAAUGGGAUUUAUGUAAUUUUGCUUUUAAUCACAUAUAUUGUCUCGAACUUCAUAUAGAAAUAUUCAAUUUGAUUAAUAUUCAAAUGUUUUUUUUUUUGGAGAAUUGUAUGAAUAUUUUGAAGAUUAAAUUGUGAUUAAGUUUUUAUAUUCUUGACAUGUUGGAUUGUAGUUCAUAGUCGUAUGUGUUCAAAGAAAAUUGUUUUGAUAUAAUUAGAUUUGUACAAUCAAAAGAUACAUAACUGGAGAAGAUAAAGAGAAUGGUAAUAAAAUUAACAAUUGCAAUGUAUAUAAUAAUUCGUUAUUGCUCAUUAUAAUCUAUUAUUUCUUGAAACCUAAAGCAUUAAUAAAUAUUUAGUUGUCCAUUUGCAUUGUUUCAUUUCACAAUUUUUCAGUAUUGUUCAUUAAAACCCCUUAAUAAAUAAUUUUCAAGAUUACAUUCUGUGACGUCUAAAUAACAGAUGCACAUACUUUCUCAUAUAUUCUUAUGGAUAAGAAUGGCUUUUCUAAAGUGAAACAUCUACAUAAAUAAAUAUAAAUAAUAGUUAUUAACCACAGAACACAAAUAUAUGUAACUAUAAUAACUUUCAAGAUGCAUCGAUUAUCAGACUUGAAUUUCUCUUGUCCAAAUAUAGAGAAAACGCUUGAAUUUGCUUGUAGCAAAUGUAGUUUUAGUUUUUUUACGUAGAUGUAAUAGAGGAAACAAUUAUUUUACUGAAAAAUGUGCAAGAAGUAGGUAGCCCAAAAAUGUUAUGAAUCUCCUCAAAAAAAAGAGGCGUAGGUGGCGCCCCCUAAAAAUGAAAGCAAUAAUAACAUCAGGUUCGAAUUCGACACAUCAAAAAACCUCUCAAUACCACUGUUCUCUUAAUUAAGGUCAGUAUUUCGCAAGUUAUUAAAAAAAAAAAAAAUUAAAAAUAAAACUUCAGCUCCUUGUAUCUUGGAAACGAAGCGUUUCGGACAUAUAUUUAUUUGGAAAAUUAAUAUUAGAAUAUUGUGAGGAAUCACCUCCUGAAGUUUGUCAAAGUACUUUUGAAUCACCUUGUAUAAUGACGUCUUGCUAAAAAAACAACCAAGCAAGUAACCUAAAAGAAGAAAUAUAUCGAUGUCCCUACCAUAGAAACAAUUAUAUCUAAUCCAUAGAUAAGGGAUCUUACUUUUGUAUAUAUCUAUGGUCAAAUUUUCAGGUAAACAUUUUGCGUUUGGUACUUGAUAAUUUUUUUACAUUUUAUUUCUUCGUUUUAUAAAAAAUUGAAGUCUCAUUCAUAGGAUUAUUAUUUUCAUACUACUUGCUGUCGUAACUUUUAAUAUGCAAAAUGGAAUUAGCAGAACAGCCUACUGAAGAGAAAACACAAUUUUCAUUAAGUGAAUCGAAUCUAUUACUCAAAAAUGAAGAAGGAGGUUAUGAAACAUGUAAGACUGAAACUGAAGAUUUGGAUGUUGUUGAACAAUUUAUUGAUGGAAAUCAAUUUUAUAACAGAAAAGCAUUUAUUGAUCAGAUUGAGAGUGAUGUUUUGAAUAACACAUAUAAGCAAAGUGUUUUUUCUGACCCUAAAAUGGAGGAAAGCAGUCAAGAUGAAAAAAAUUAUCAUUUGAUUUCCAAAGAAGAGCUUGAUAUGAAAUGUCUGGAUUCACAGCAAGAAACUAUUAGUAAUUUAACUUCCAAAAAAUAUCACAAACUCAAGAAACAUAUAGAUAUUAACGAUUCAAAUUCGAAAAAAGAUAAAUGUCAUAUAUGUGAGUAUGCUUCGAAUAACAAAUCUCAUUUAAAAGAACAUCUAGAUUCUGUUCAUUUCAAUGUGAAGCCACAUAAAUGUCAUUUAUGUAAUUUCACUUCUAAUAGUGAAGCUCUCCUAAAAACACAUAUAAAUUCUAUUCAUUUGAAAAAAAAGCAUUCGUGUCAUCUCUGUGAUUCUACUUUCAAUAAAAGAGUUCAUCUCAGAGCUCAUAUAGAUACAGUUCAUUUGAAUUUGAAACAACAUAAAUGUGUCUUCUGCGAUUAUGCCGCCAAUCAGAAAUCCAAUCUCAAAGGACAUAUAGAUUCUGUUCAUUUGAAUUCAAAGUCACAUAAAUGCCAUUUAUGUGAUUAUGCCUAUAAUCGUAAAACCCAUCUACAAUCCCAUAUAGAUGCUGUUCAUCUGAAUAUAAAGCAUUUAUGUGAUUUCUGUGAUUCUACUUUCACACAGAAAAAACACCUCAGAUCUCAUAUUGAUUCUGUUCACUUGAAUUUGAAGCAACAUAAAUGCGAUUUAUGUGAUUAUACCACGAAUCACAAAUCGCUCAUUAAAUCACAUGUAGAUUCUGUUCAUUUGAAUGCAAAGAAAUUUAAGUGUAAUUUAUGUGAUUUUGCUUGUAAUCGUAAGGCUUACCUCAAUUCACAUAUAGAAUCUGUUCAUAUGAAUUUGAAGCAACAUAAAUGCAAUUUAUGUGAUUAUGCUACAAAUGUGAAAUAUCUCAUUAAAUCACAUGUAGUUUCUGUUCAUUUGAAUGCAAAGCCUCAUAAGUGUCACUUAUGUGAUUUUGCUUCUAAUCGUAAGUCAAAUCUCAAAUCACAUAUAGAUAAAAUUCAUUUGAAUAUAAAGCCUCAUAAGUGUCACUUAUGUGAUUUUGCUUCUAAUCGUAAGUCAAUUCUCAAAUCACAUAUAGAUAAAAUUCAUUUGAAUAUGAAGCCUCAUAAGUCACUUAUGUGAUUUUGCUUUUAAUCGUAAGUCUAAUCUCAAAUCACAUAUAGAUUCUGUUCAUUAGAAUUUGAAACGACAUAAAUGGGAUUUAUGUGGUUUUGCUUUUAAUCACAUACAUUGUCUCAAACUUCAUAUAGAAAUAUUCAAUUUUAUUAAUAAUCAAAAAUCUCCUUUUGGGGAAUUAUACAAAUAUUUUAAAGAUUAAAUUGUAAUUAAAUUUUAUAUUCUUGACUGUAGUUCAUAGUCUUGUGCGUUCAAAGAAAAUUGUGUUGAUAUAAUCAGAUUUGUACAAUCAAAAGAUACAGAACUGUAGAAGAUAAAGAAAAUGGUAAUAUAAUUAAUUAUUGCAAUGUAUUGAAUAAUUUGUUAUUGCUCAUUAUAAUAUAAUAUAUAUAAUAUAAUAAUCUAUUAUUUUUUUAAACCUAAAGCAUUAAUAAAUAUUCAGUUAUCCA